CAGCAAAGCAAAAUGAUUGCAUGCGUGCAGUGUGGAACACGCAGCAACCCCUGCCGGUGCAAGGUGGUCGGCCCUACCUUGGGGUUCCUGGCCUUCGCCGCGGCGGCGGUCGUGGAGUGGCCUGUGGGGGCUGUCGUUUACAUCUUCAAACACAUCAAGGGUCGCCGAAUCAUGGCUCAUCCCGCCACCGUUGUUUACCCCAAAGUUAACAAUUCCAUUCCCAUUUAAAAAGCCCUGCUUACUUUGUUUGGUUUCCUUGUACUAUUGCUCCUUGAUUUAGUUAGUCUGUUUUCCGCGUAAUUCUGUUUGCUCUUACUAAAUGUAAUGAAAUAUGGGUUUAUAAUUUUAUAUACAUCCUACUCAUCAUGAAUAAGUUGUUGCUCUAGGUUGAUCGUUUCUGAAUCUCAGCAAUAUAGACCAUCGUUACCCUG